AUGGAUAAAGGAGGCGUAUUUACCGGAAAUUCACCAGGCAAGUACUCCUUGAAGUAUGAGAUGAAGUUGUUAGAAUUAAAGAAAAAGGCUAAAUCAGGCCCGAGUGAAGAACGAACAUUUACAUGUUUUGAAGUUUUGGAGGAGAUAUUACCUCAUCUAGGAGUAUUUCAGAAAGUUAUCCAAAUCUGCCGCGAAGAACUAUUUGACUCCGUCUAUAGCGAUGAAUACUCUUCCAUGUCCAGAACUGUUCAGAAUCAGAACAAUCCCGUGUUAUAUAAAAUGCCCUAUUUUAUUUUAGUUAAGGAACUGUAUACUAGAAGGAACGAAAACGCUGAUAAAUUAAAAGAAGACUUGAAAGAUUUCAAUAAAAUGAUAAAGGAAAAGAAUGAAGAGUUAGACGAAGCUAAUAUGCGAAUUAAACGACUCUUAGAUUUGCAAGCAGAAUUUCGUAAGGAAAUUGAUCAAUUAGAAGAUAAGAUUCAAUCUAAAGACGAAGACUUGAUUAGAAUGAAACACGAGAUGGAGAAUAAUAAUGCAAGGCAUGAUGAAGUUCUUCAAAAAAAGACCAAAGACAGCGAUAAUUUAAAACUUCAACUAACGAGGACGAAAAACGAAUUAAAUUACGUUAAAGAAUUUCGUCGAAGUUACGAUAAAUUAGAUGAUUCAUUUCUUGACCCAGUCGUAAAAUUUGAUAUGAAAAGGAAGAUGUCUUCAAAAAAGCCGGUGAUAUCAACCAGAUGGGUGAUUACUCAAUGUUAUUUACAGAGUCAAGCUAAUAGCAAUGCGGUUGAAGCUAAGGAGAUGUUAAAGCAAAUGUUUAUCAUAAGAAAUCAAAUCAUUGAAGAAUACGAUGAUUACAUGGAAAAUAGAGGAAACAAGCAGGCUAAUGUUGAAAAUUUAGAUGCUAAACAAGCUAGAAAAUUUAGUAAAGCUGCUAGAGAAUAUGUCGAUGUACAAGCUCGAUUUAAAAGAAAUAUCGAAGACAUUACCAUUGAAAUUUCUCUCUUAAAAAAGCAAGAAGAAGCUAUAAUAAAUCAAAUGAAGAAUUUAGAAUCUAAUAUUAAGACUAAUAAAUCCGCUACGUACAAGCAACCAUCCAAUACUAGUAAACCACGAACUCUCCGUGUCAUGGACGAUAGUGAUGAAAAUGAUGAAGAUAUUGCUAUUUCACUACCUGGUGGAAGCCAAGUUACUAUUGAUAGGCAUGGUAGUGAUAAAAUAGUCAAAUUUGAUGGACUAAUACCUAAAGAGGAUCAAGACUUGGACGAUCCAUUUGUGCCACAAGAACAAGUACUAAAUAAGUAUGCGGCCAUGAUCUACGCUUCUACUGAUAAUGGUAAAACGUUUCUACCCAUUACUGAUGCUAAAUUAUGUACAAGUUGUGGCGAAAAGACCAUUCUCUGUCCUCAUAAAGUCAAUAAGGAUGCCUUCACAGUCAAUUUACCUGAAAAUUGUACCCAUCUAAAAAUUACUCGACCAAAGCUGAAAUUUAGGCCAAAAAUUGCAACAUCGAAAAGCUUUGCAGCAGCUAGUAAGCAAGUUCUAGCAAUGUCUUCGGUUUCACGAUUGCUUCGUCGGCAAUCAGAUGAAUUUCUCAACUUACAAGAGCUAUCACCUGAGGAGAUAUUACAGCCAGGGAAGGAUAAACCUGGUGCAACGGAAGAACAAAUGGUAAAUAUUGAAUCUUUCAUUGCUUUAACAAUUAGAAUGGCCAUUGUGAAAGCAGCUUAUGAUUUUAUUUGGCAAGAUUUCAAUAUACGUUCGACUUUAUCACGCGAAAUCUCUCGCCCAAUUAACGAGGAACGUGUAUUAUCGCUAGUCAAGCAAUUCUAUUCAUAUAUCGUUUAUCGAGAUGAAUUUCAUACAGAGGAUGUUCAUCCAUGCACCAUUUCGGACUCGUUGUAUCAGUUUUUCUAUGAUCGCUACCUUGUCUGGGAUGUUGUUUACCUUUCCAUGCAUGAUUUCAUACUAGGUCUAGAAACUUACGCUCCGACUAAUAAGACUUUGCAACUGUUCGUACAAGAACUAGGAGGUGGCUUAGAUCCUGUCUGCUUCAGAUAUAUCUUAUUAAAUAAUGAUUUCAUUGAUAGAGUAAAUUGGCAACAAGCAGCAGAUUUUAAGGAAUUUGCAAAGAUAAUUUAUCCAUUUCUCACGGAAGACGAUUUGGAUCAAUUCAUUAUUGACUAUAUCUCAUUUAGCGAAAAUAGAGCCAAUAAACACAUCGUUUGUGAAUUUUUCCUUUAUGCAAUUUUGAAGUGCAAAGAACCUCGUAUCUUAGAGAAUGAGAGCAAAUUGAUUAAAGUAUCUGCAACUAUACCAAGUUGUUUAACGAUCGAUGAAUUUAUUGAAGCAAUGGAAAAUAUCUGUCCUUUGGUAUCAGAUAGACUACUAAGAUGGCUAUAUGCCGAAUCGGCAGCAUUUUGUCAAGAACCUUAUAAUGCUGUUCCUAUUCCACGAUGUGCACAGAUCUGUAGCUAUUUAGAACUGCUACAAUUAGCUCCUGUUAUAAGAGAAACUGUAGCGCUAAAAGUCGGCCAGGGUUUAUUGGAUACCUCAACAUAUCGACGUAAGGCUAAUAAGCAAAAGUAUUUUCUAUCUUAA